UUGUCGGCUGUAGCGGGGCCAGCGGUCAACAGGCGCCUCUCGCACUGUCAGAGCUGGGAAUACAGUGCACACGUGCUGUAUACAGUGCGCACAGAGACGGGUUCCGUUAUGGGCAGCGGUAACCUCCACUGGCCGGUGGUGCUGCUCGGUGUGGCUGUGGGUUUUCUGGUGGCACCGCGCACGCUCUCUGCUGCCGGACUCGACCGUUUCGUCCAAGGUACAUCGAUCAAAGCUUCUGUCUUUUCCAAUGACGACGACCCGGCCCCGUCUCGAGGGGGACGGCUGACGGCGGCCGGGGACCAUCCGUUCGGCGGCCGGCAGACGCAGGCCAUUUUCGGGGGUCGUCCGGCCACCUACGACCCGGACGUGCCUUACGGCCAACGCCAGCGCUCCAAGUGGCCCUGGAUGGCCAUGCUGCGAGCCCGUACGAAAGCCGUCUUCAGAGUGCACGUCUGCGGCGGCUCGGUGGUCGACUCCCGACACAUUCUAACGGCAGCCCACUGUAUGGAUGAAAGCCGCAUCAAACGGGACUCCCUUCGGGUCCGACUGGGGGAGUAUGAUUCAUCCACCUUCAUCGAAGGAAACCACACAGAAUAUGACGUCGAGCGCAUUAUAUUGCACCCUAACUAUGAAGCAGGUGUGCUGAACUACGACAUCGCGCUGCUGCGUCUCAGCCGGGAGAUCGCCUUCUCUUCGUCGGUGUGCACCAUUCCGCUGCCGGACGGUCCCAGUGGAGACCUGGCCGGAAAGACGGUCACCGUCGCCGGCUGGGGCAUCACUGAGCGGACCCUCAGCUACCAGCUCUCGAACAGCGUGCUGAGCGAGCUCAACAUGACGGCAGUCAGUGCCAGCGACUGCCGCGAUAAGAUCCAGCUGGCUCUGGCUGGUGGAGAUGUGCCCACACAGUCACAGAUAGAGUUGGACAUUUUCAGCGGCGGCUUCAGGAAAGACGACCAUCUCUGCGCCGUUCCCAAGGAAAAUGGCCAGGGCAUCUGCUUCGGCGACUCUGGGAGCCCGCUGCUCGAGUUUGGUCAGUUCCGGGUGGUCGGCGUCGUCUCGAGCGCCUUCGGUGACUGCGGCUACCCGUGGGUGCCGGAGCUGUACACCAGGGUCAGCGCCUUCCUGGACUGGAUCAGGAACGCCACGGCCAUACCGGGCCAGGAGACAAAGACGCACCACUGCCAGAACCCCUUCGUCGCGGCCGACUAAUGCAGACACACCGGGAACUGACACGGGUACCAGAUAUGGCCGAUCUGGCGCCAAAGCUCUCAACGCCCAUUCCAAGAGCACCAUGCUUGUUCUGAAAUGUACGGUCAGUUUAUGCACUGGGUUAUGGACGAAAAUAAAGAGCAACUGCGUAUAUCCAC